AUGGCCAGUGAUGGCGGUGGCUCUGCGCAUGAUCUGGUGGUCACCACCUGGGUAAUGUACAGCAUCGCAAUGCUGUUGUUUGUCGUGCGAUUAUAUGGACGAUGGCUCAGAAUGCGCUGGGUGUUUCAGGUCGAAGAUUACCUUAUGUUUGCGGCGGUGGCUUUCUAUACAGCAUUUGCCGUCACCAACAUCAAGAUUGCGGAGGGAGGAGGAAGCAAUUUAUACAAGCCUGGAGAAUAUGAAACCUUCACCGCCGCCGAGAUCGCUGCGAGGGUCAAAGGAUCCAAGAUCGAGUUCGCCUCGGAAAAUUGCCAGCUCUGCACGAUCUAUUUACUGAAGGCUUGUAUGCUGAUGGUCUACUUCCGACUCACAAAAAAUCUAUGGCAAAACCGUGUGGUGACCAUUUGUGCUAUAUAUACGUUAUGCGGAUGGAUCAGUUCAGAGCUGGUACUAUUCCUCGAGUGCAGGCCUUACUUGUCCGGCUACUGGACCCUACCUCCUCCGAAUGAAAUCUGCUCGACUUAUCGUAUCUACGAGGCUGUGCAAGCGGCUAUGAAUAUUAGCUCUGACGUUGCAAUUCUCUGUGUCAUGCUCCCGAUGUUUGCCCGCGCGCAGAUGGCGUGGAAGACCAAGCUGCCGGUCAUCGUUGUCUUCUCAAUGGGCAUCGUGGUGCUUGCUUGUGCUAUUACUUCCAAAUAUUUCACCUUUCGGGAUAUCUACGACACCAGCUAUCAGUUUUGGUACCUGCGAGAGGCCUCCAUCGGCAUGUACGUCACGAACCUGCCUUUUGUGUGGUCUCUGGCGAGAUCAACGAUCUCCUUCCUCAAGUCGAGCAAUUAUGUCGGCCAGGGCAAUUACAACGACCCGAGAUACGGGACAACAAAUCCUCAUACCAACGAGACCCGUUCCAGGCCGGGCAACGGCACGCGUUCCACUCGACAUUUUGCGAGCAUUUACGAAUCCCGCACGGUUCGUACGGAGAUACUGUCACCAUCGGAGAGCGAGGAGAACAUCAUUGAGAUGGGUGGGAUGGGCGGAAGCGUGACCAAAUCGGCCGGGUCAUCGCAGGAGAGUGGAGAUCGGGGAUGGUCCCAAUCGGACGGUCAUGAUGACCAGUUCAUUCGGAAAACUACGGAGAUAGUCAUUCAGAAAAGCUGA